AUGAAGGAAUUUCCCAGGAAGUUCCUUAGCCUACGUGAUAAGAGCGGCGAGCAUCAUCGUAGCAAGUCUGCCCCUCCUGCAAACAAGGCACGUCCUCUCGCAGCUGAGACAUUUCGCUCUUUAUUCAAGCCUGACCACUCAAGACAGGCUCUCCAAAAUGACGCGGAAGCCGCUAAAGAAGCCGCCAAGAUUGAGGAUAUUCAACGACGUUUAGAUGCACUCAACAUUACAAAUAUCACCGUCGAGCACAUCCAAGAUAUCUUGGUUACCAAAUACGCAAAUGGCGACCCACAGCGUACAACGGAAUUCAUCGAUAUCGAACAAAAGUCUUCCUCUGGCGUUAUUCUGCCCUAUGACCCAAGCGUCCAUAUGGUUGGUGCCGAGAACCGCAGCGCUGUUACCUGUUACAUAGAUGCUCUGCUCUUCGCCAUGUUCUCUAAGCUAGAUGCUUUCGAGUGCAUGCUCAAGAAUCAAUUCCCGGCAGAGGAUCCCAGGAAUAGGCUAGUUACGCUGCUUCGUAUAUGGGUUAACAUGUUACGGACAGGCAGACUAAUCCGUACAGACUUAACUAAAUUAAUACAAGACACCAUGGCUGAAUGCGGCUGGUUGGAUGCUCGUCUCUUGGAACAACAGGAUACCUCAGAAGCCUUUGCUUUCCUCACGGAAAAGCUAGAAUUACCCCUUCUCUCGCUACAGGUUGAUCUCUUCCAUCAAGGCAGACAUGACGACGAUGACCACAAAAUUGUUUACGAGAGGCUACUGAAUCUAGCGGUGCCAUCAGAUACCGAUGGAAAUGGCAUUAAGCUAGAAGACUGCCUAGAAGAGUAUUUCAAUACUCAAGUUGACGUGCUCAGAGACAGCGAAGAGGCAAAGAAAUCGAUUGCAGAGGAGGGCAGCCCAAGCGCGGUUCCUACACUAUCAAUCCCGAACCAAAUUCGGCUGAUUAGGGAUGAGGAAAGCGCUGUAACGCCCACGGCGAUAUCAUCAUCUCCAGUUGAUAUGUCACCAUUGACGCCGCGGGCGGAUCCCCUCCUGGAAAAAGACGAAGAUAAAGAACAAGCUUCUGUAUCAGAACAAGUCAAUGGCAUGAGCCGAAACGACGCUCCAACUGAUACACCGCAAUCACCCAGUGGAAUGAGCGCAGGAGACAGCGCAGGUAAUGCAAGCGAUCACGCAGCGGGGCCUUCUUCUAGGAUGUCGGUUAGACAUCGGUCGGCCAGCGUCAUCCAGCGGGUAAUGCUUGAUAGCGGAGGACGCCCAACGGCUUCUGAGACCAGCACUCUUCGCAAGAGGCUCAGUGGGAAAGGAUCAACCGUAGUCAAGGCGGUUACAAUACCCGCCUGGCAGUUCUUCCGACUAAUUCCUUGGCAUGCGGUAAACAGUACGGAGCCUCGAAACGAUGUCGAAGUGGCAAUGAACUUUGACCAGCGCCCUGUGGUCGGUAUUUGUCUAAAGCGAUAUGCUAUGACUGAGACUGGCCAUCCAAAGCGUCUCAAUACAUAUAUUGAUAUCCCAGAAAGCAUGCGACUCCCGCAUUUUAUGCUCGCUGAUGGACCAAACAAUGAGGAGGAGAUCAACGGAUUAGCAACGGAAUAUAAGCUCGUCCUGCAGUCCAUCGUCUGCCAUCGGGGCGAUUCUUUGCAAAGCGGCCACUAUAUUGCCUUUGCGAGAGUCGCCCCUAAGCUCCUAACGGAUAACAGAAGGCAUGAUUUCGAUCCGCCUCCUGAUUAUGAGGAAGCACAGUGGGUGAAAUUUGAUGAUCUGGAUAUCGGCAACAGAGUCACCUUUGUCGACGAUAUUAAAGAGUCAUUGAAGGUUGAGAUGCCAUAUCUGUUGUUCUACCAGAUCGUACCCAUGGUCGACGCUUCUGAAAGCACAGACACUGGGCGGCCGCCAUCCUAUGAUGAAUCAAAGAACAGCCUCGAGAUUCAACACUCAGCGACUAGUGAAGAUACGCCUGCUAGCUCAACAUAUGUAUUAGCAGCGCACCACGAACAUCAAGCCUCAGCUUCGACCAGUCGCUUGGGGCAAAGUAAGCCUCCCAGCAUCCGACUUUCCGCCGAGGUCGAGCGGCCCUCGCGUAAAUGGCUGGAAGGUAUAAGUCUCAACUUUGGAGGGUCAUACGUGGAGUCUGUUCUUUCACGUCGCCAGAGCGAGGCGCUCACAGACUCUACUGCUCAUACGCCAUCCAUUACACCAGAUCCCCAAUCUCCUGCCAUAACACCAGCUGAUGAACCAACGUCGUCCAGAUUGUCACGCGCUGCGUCGCGUUUCAAUCUAAAUAAGCAGAGCCGCCCAGGCAGUCAAUCAGGAGAAGGCCGUAUCAGCCUUAACCUUAGUCGCUUUGGUUUGACCAAGACUAGCAAAGAGCCGCUGCCUGAGCCCCCGGCGCUGAACAUUUCAUCUACCACCUCGAUAGGUCAAAUAACCUCAAGUCCUCAGCCAAUCUCCCCUAUGUCGCUAGAAAAGCAACUGCAUCAACCCCCUGGUAUUGAAAAAUCGGAUAGAAAUGAGAAGUCUGAAAAGGCCGAAAAGCAUGACAAGAAUGAUAAAAUAGAGAAGGCGGAGAAGCACAAGCAUAAAAGGAAGAAAUCCAAAGAGAAGAACGAAAAGCAGAAGUCGGGAGAUCAACCUGAGCGUGAGUGCGUCGUUAUGUGA